CGUGUGUCUGUGAACGCAAGGGUCCCAGCAACAGUGCGGGUUUGCGCUCGGCCCUGCCCGUGGGUGCAGGGACGUGUGGGUGUGUGGGCAUGUGUGGGUGUGUUGGGGAGGGUGCCCAGCGACAUGUGACAAAGACUCCCGUCUCCGGGAGAUGGUGAAGGGGCCCGCGGGCAGGCGCUUUGUCUGGCUGUCUGCAGAGUGAGGUUCGCGCCGCGGCGGCGGGCGCCCGUGCGGUGCAGAAUGCCGGGGCGCCAGGGUGGCCGGGGGCGCGCGCGCCUGUGCCAGGGUGAGUGCGCUGCGGCAGCACCGGGGGACAGCGCGGCGGGCCCGCGCCGGCCCGGGCCUCGGGCGUGACUGGGCGCCACCCGUGGGCGCUGCAGCGGUCGCGUGUCCCCGUGACCUCAGGAGCCGGCCCGGGCCCGGGUGGAUCCCCGCGCGCCCCUCCCCGUCCGCCCUCCACGUGCGUGUCCGCGGCGCGCGCGACCGCCGGCGCGCACCCGCCCGCCUGUCGCCGCCGCCACCGCGAACCGCGCCGGGAAAAGGUGCCGGGAACCGAGCGAGCCGGGGCCGCGGGCCCGAGCGCCAUGGGCCCGAGGGUGGGCGGCGGGCGGCCGGUCAUCCCCGGGCCUCGCCCCCGCGGGAGAGCGGCCAGGAGUCGGCGGGGGCCGGCCGGGCUCGCAGGGAGGCCGGCCCGCGCCCCCUGAGCGACGGACACCAGGUGAGGGGGCCGCCGGACGCAGCGCGGGGGCCGGCCAGGGAGGGGCCACGGACUCCACGGGAGGUUCGGGGGGCGCCUUCUCUGGCGGGGGAGGGCAUGGCGCGGAGGGGGGAGGGGGCCGGCGAUUCCUGGGGACGCCUGGGAAAGGAAGUUCCGGGACCCUCCCUGCUCUCGGUCCUCCUCCGCUUCCUGCCUCAUGCCUCACCUUGUCCCCAGCGCCUGGACUCCCCCUUAACUGCUUAGGAAAUGUGACCUUUGCUCUGGGGGGCCUGGCCCUGCAGGCCCCAACCUUCCCUCAUCUCUGGCGGCCCUCUUGGGCCUCUGACCCAGCCCCUCCCCGGGCCAGGCUCACAGAAACUGGCUUCUGGGACUGUCCUGGGCCCAAGCGGGCACCUGCGCCAGCCCCACCUGUGCCUGGGCUGUGGCCCUUUCCUACAGGGCGCUCACCAUGGCCCCGCCGCUCCUGCUGCUGCUGCUGGCCAGUGGAGCGGCCGCCUGCCCGCUGCCCUGCGUCUGCCAGAACCUGUCCGAGUCGCUCAGCACCCUCUGUGCCCACCGAGGCCUGCUGUUUGUGCCGCCCAACGUGGACCGGCGCACAGUGGAGCUGCGGCUGGCUGACAACUUCAUCCAGGCCCUGGGGCCCCCUGACUUCCGCAACAUGACGGGGCUGGUGGACCUGACACUGUCUCGCAAUGCCAUCACCCGCAUUGGGGCCCGCGCCUUUGGGGACCUCGAGAGCCUGCGUUCCCUCCACCUUGACGGCAACAGGCUGGUGGAGCUGGGCACCGGCAGCCUUCGGGGCCCCGUCAACCUGCAGCACCUCAUCCUCAGCGGCAACCAACUGGGCCGCAUCGCGCCGGGGGCCUUCGACGACUUCCUAGAGAGCCUGGAGGACCUGGACCUGUCCUACAACAACCUCCGGCAGGUGCCCUGGGCCGGCAUCGGCGCCAUGCCUGCCCUGCACACCCUCAACCUGGACCAUAACCUCAUUGACGCACUGCCCCCAGGCGCCUUCGCCCAGCUCGGUCAGCUCUCCCGCCUGGACCUCACCUCCAACCGCCUGGCCACGCUGGCUCCGGACCCGCUCUUCUCUCGUGGGCGUGAUGCAGAGGCCUCUCCCGCCCCCCUGGUGCUGAGCUUCAGCGGGAACCCCCUGCACUGCAACUGUGAGCUGCUGUGGCUGCGGCGGCUGGCGCGGCCGGAUGACCUGGAGACCUGCGCCUCCCCGCCCGGCCUGGCCGGCCGCUACUUCUGGGCAGUGCCCGAGGGCGAGUUCUCCUGUGAGCCGCCCCUCAUUGCCCGCCACACGCAGCGCCUCUGGGUGCUGGAAGGCCAGCGGGCCACACUGCGGUGCCGGGCCCUGGGUGACCCCGCGCCUACCAUGCACUGGGUCGGUCCUGAUGACCGGUUGGUUGGCAACUCCUCCCGAGCCCGGGCUUUCCCCAACGGGACCUUAGAGAUUGGGGUGACCGGUGCUGGGGACGCUGGGGGCUACACCUGCAUCGCCACCAACCCUGCUGGUGAGGCCACGGCCCGAGUAGAACUGCGGGUGCUGGCCUUGCCCCAUGGUGGGAACACCAGUGCCGAGGGGGGCCGCCCCGGGCCCUCGGACAUCGCCGCCUCGGCUCGCACUGCUGCCGAGGGUGAGGGGACGCUGGAGUCUGAGCCAGCUGUGCAGGUGACGGAGGUGACCGCCACCUCAGGGCUGGUGAGCUGGGGUCCCGGGCGGCCAGCCGACCCAGUGUGGAUGUUCCAAAUCCAGUACAACAGCAGCGAGGAUGAGACCCUCAUCUACCGGAUCGUCCCAGCCUCCAGCCACCACUUCCUGCUGAAGCACCUGGUCCCUGGCGCUGACUAUGACCUCUGCCUGCUGGCCUUGUCACCGGCUGCUGGGCCCUCCGACCUCACGGCCACCAGGCUGCUGGGCUGUGCCCAUUUCUCCACGCUGCCGGCCUCGCCCCUGUGCCACGCCCUGCAGGCCCACGUGCUAGGCGGGACCCUGACUGUGGCCGUGGGGGGUGUGCUGGUGGCUGCCUUACUGGUCUUCACUGUGGCCUUGCUGGUUCGGGGCCGGGGGGCCGGGAAUGGCCGCCUCCCCCUCAAGCUCAGCCACGUCCAGUCCCAGACCAAUGGAGGCCCCAGCCCCACACCCAAGGCCCACCCGCCGCGGAGCCCCCCGCCCCGGCCACAGCGCAGCUGCUCCCUGGACCUGGGAGACGCCGGGUGCUACGGUUACGCCAGGCGCCUGGGAGGAGCCUGGGCCCGACGGAGCCACUCUGUGCAUGGGGGGCUGCUCGGGGCAGGGUGCCGGGGCGUAGGAGGCAGCGCCGAGCGGCUGGAAGAGAGUGUGGUGUGAUGGACGGGCAGCUUCCUGUGUGCUCCAAGGGAUGAGCCGCGUGGGGCAGAGGGCCCGGGGCGGCCGCCUGGCCUGGGAGUCCCUCCCUGGUUUUUAUUCUCGGUACCUCAGGCUCCCCUGUGUACUUGGCGGGGCAGGGAGCCCUUUCCUCAGUUCUGGCCUCCAGACGAGGGUAAGGGGCAGGCCCCUCCAACAGGUGCUCACAGCCACCAAGGCAGGGGCUGCAGCCACCCAUUGGGAGUCGUUUUAUUUAUAAUAAAAUUGUUGGGGACACCUCA